GGUGGUACAAAUCUAUUGGCUGCUGCAACAGUUAAGGGGAAUAUGCCAUUUCACAAUGAAAACGUUACUUUCUUAGUUCAGAUUUGGAGAUGAAUUACACAAAAUGUAGCAAAGUGAGGCUUUCCAGGGGAGCAGUUACAGAGUCAAACAUACAAACAAGGUUGCAAUUAUCUCAGAGAAUCGGAAGACCAAUUGGGAGGAGUUAACAUUGAUAGAAAAAAUUAGGCCAUUAACAUUCUGCCACUAACUAUUCUGCUCUGUCUGGUUCCUCCUUUGCUGUUAUUUAGUCACAUUCUGAGAAGUGAAAAAGGGGAAAUAAACCUCUAGACCAACCCAAAAAAUUAGUAAGCAUAUUAAUGUCACAUUUAGUAGCGACUGGAUUCCUGAGGCUCCACAAUGGAGGAUUCUGUCUCUCUGCAAGAUUAUAUUGCGUCUGUGCCCGCUGCCUCCCUGCCAAGGGUUAUACAGGUCGCCUCAGGGGUCUACCUUCAGAGCUCAAUCUAUGAUAUCAAAGGAUCAGAAUGUUGUUUAUCUACUGGUGACCUGGUAAAAGUUCUUGAAAAGGAGUUUAAAUUCAUAUCUUGCGUUGAUCUGAAUAUGGGAAAGUGCUUCGAACUGCCCAGCAACUUUAAAGAUAUUUUUCAGAUUGUGAUUGACAGUGGCAAAUACAACAGCCUUGGGGAGCUGAAGCAAGAGCUUUAUGGUGACCUCACCCAUCCUUUCUGGUUUGCAUCUGCAACAGACAUUAUUUUAGAAGAUCGAGUCAUUAAUAAACAGGGUCAAAUUAAGUAUGUGUCUCCUGACAAUUUUAACCCCACCAGCUUUGCAAUUUGUCAGGUUUGGGAGGAUCCCAGUGAAGCCUGCAUUAAAAUCCCUAUCAGGACAGUUGGACAGUUUUACGAGUGUGAUAAUAAGGAGUUGUACACAUUGGAGCAGAUCUUGCAGUCCCCAGCUCUGCUGAAACGUAGCUACUCCUGCAGUAGCAUUGCAAAUGGACCCUACAAGCUCAGUCCUGUUUAUGAGAUCAAAACAAUUAUGCACAUGAGAAAAGAUAUUGUGAAAAUGCCUUCAAGCCUAGAAGUGGAAGUAAUAGACAUUACUGAUCAAUGUAGGGAUAUUGAGUUUAUCAAGCCGUACUCCUUGGCAGAAGUUUCACAGUGUGAAGAGAAGUUUCCAGUUGUCGCAGAAAUAGUGGAAUGUUUGGAUUGUGGUCAUACAAUUAAAAAUGACUUAUUGUCUGGUCUCAGAAAAGGACAAAAGAUCAUUAUCCACAGGAAGGAACUUUCUAGAAAAGCCCUGGCUACAGCUGCUAAGGGUAAACUAUCUAGGUUCUUCUAUAUCCAUACUGGAUACGAAGGAAAGGCGCGUCAACGGCCAAGGGAAUUUACAACAGUUUAUGAUCUCUGGACAAAACUGAUGGCGGGAGUAAAGCUGAAUGUUGUUGUAACCCAAGACUGUGAUAGUAUUGAAGACUGUUUUCCUUCCCUUUGCAUUGGGGACCACAUUAAAAUCCUACGUCAUGCUAAAAUCAAAGUAUCAGACAGUUUGGACUGUAAAGAAACAGAUGUUCUAGUCUGUGAAAAAGACUCUGCAGAUGACGAAGAAGAAGAAUCAGAGGAAAUUAUGCUGCCUUUGUAUCUUGAAGGACGUUUUGUUGAGGAAGUUAAGGACAACAAAAAAUAUAGUAUCAGCAAUAUAAUGCAGAAAUUUACACUUCCCUGUGAGAUCAAGGUUGUAAAAAAAGAUCCAUCGUUGCCGAGUGAUCCUCUUACCUCAUUUGCCUCCAUUAGGCUAGAGGAGCUAAUUGAAGAACCCGUUUUGUUGGCCAGUUUUCUGGAUAAUCCAUCUGUGUGUUUUCAAAUUCCAAUUAAGUGGAGAGAUUUUUCUGUGAUUUUCCUCAAAGACCCAGUUCCAGAGACAGGGACAAUGUUCACACCUUUAGAGGAGCUGACAGAAUGGUAUUAUUAUAGUCUUAGGAAGGAUCUACCAAGUAAUGAACUUCCUCCACCAAGACCCCCCAAAAGACAGGUCAAGGCUGAUAGUUCUAACAAACCUAUGAAAGGAAAAAGACCAAUAUGCAAAGACAGUAAGAGCCCAGAUCGACUGCACGCUUCAUCAAGAGAAAAACAUACCACAGAGCCUUACAGAUCACCGAAUGUCAAUGCAUAUUCUCCUCUGCCUCGUAAAAGUGUCAGUCAUGAGGACAGUGACCCAAAUUAUGAAGUAGAAAAAAUGUUCACAACGGACCUGCAGAUCAGAGAUUAAGACAUUUCUAACAGAAAGAUUUGCCAUCACAGGGGACAGUCAUGGACUCGGUUAAGCCCCAGCCUGACAUAAAAGGGGAGCUUCCUGUUGAAGGCACAGGAUAUUAGUAGACCAGGGUUGGAUGAGUCAGCACUGUGGUCAGGCAGGCAUAUGGGGCUCCACAAUUCUUCAGCAACCUGUUUAACGCUAGUUUAGUUAAAGGGGAGCUAUCGAAAAAAAGAAAAUUUUAUAUAAGCUUCCUUCAUACUGAAGUAAGAAACGUUUUAAAAACAAUAAA